AUGGCGGCCUGGCGGUUAAGUUUGUGCGCUCGCAGUCUUUUCGCGAUUCGAGGGCUGCAGGCUGCCCCACUUCGCUGGAAAUCCAGCUCCUCCAGGGCUGUUAUCGCCCGGUCCGCUGUGCCCAGUAAGAAGCAGCGGGAAGAACCGACCAUAGAGUGGAUGGAGGACCCAGAGCCCGAGGAUGAAAACGUGUACUUGAAGAACCCAAACUUCCACGGUUACGACGACGACCCCAACAUGGAUGUCUGGAAUAUGCAGGCCGUCUUCUUCUUUGGUUUUUCCAUCGCCCUGGUCCUUGGCACUACCUUUGUGGCUUAUGUGCCCGACUACAGGAUGCUCGAGUGGGCCCACCGGGAAGCUAUGAUGCUGGUGAAAUACCGAGAAGCCAAUGGGCUCCCCCUCAUGGAAUCCAACCGGUUUGACCCCAGCAAGAUCAACCUGCUGGACAAUAACUGAGCCAGGCUAAAGCAGCGCUACCCGCCCACUCCCUGCCUGUUUUCCUGCUCACUCCCCAGAGAAUCUACCAAACAUGUUGAAAGAGUGUUACUCCAGCUAGGCCUGUCAGUUAUUUGGCUAAGGGACCACACCUCAGGAAGACUGAUUCACCUAAAACUAUGCUGAAGAGAUGAGAGGAACAAUUAUUUCCUUUACGAGAUAAUGCAUUUCCCUUUGCAGAAACUCUGUCCUGGAUCUAGUCACCUGUGGGGCCUCCACCUUGUAGUCUGCUCACUACACGGAGGCCUAAGUUACAAAACAUAGCAGUUUCAUUUUCCCUUCUUUUGAAUACUUGCAA